AUGUCGCCUCAAGAGCCCGAGGCUGCAGCCGCUGCGAGCGGUCCGACCAGCACCGCCGUCGACUCGGCCACGGCCAACCCAGAGCUGGAUCUCGCCAAGCUUCAGGCCCUGCCCGCCGAGCAGCAGGAGCUCUUCCUGCUCACAUUCGUGUCGAGCCUGCGGAAGCACGUUCUGGGGCUCUCGGCAGACGACUGCACCGCCCAGCAGUUCUACCUCAAGCGCGAGAUAUUCCAGAUCAUCAACCUCUCCGCCCCGCAGCCGUCACGGGUCAUCCGAAACAAUCUGGGAGCUUGCCUGGCACACAUCUUCGGCAAGGGCGACAGGAAGCUGCUGUUUGAGACAAUCAACGACCUCGUCGCGAUCGCGGCUGGCGGAAAGUCCAAGUCGGAUGGCGAGACGCGCGCAAAGCAUGCGGCUGUGAGCUGCCUGGGCGACGUCUUCGCCUCUGCGGGCGACAGCGCCAUUGGGCUGCAUCAGCUGGCUUGCACAACGCUGCUGAAGCUGCUCAAGUCGGCGUCCAACAAUGCGGGAAUUAGAGCGGCGGUUUUUACUGCCCUGGAGAAGAUUGUCAUCAUGGUCGAGGGGUCCAUGGAUGAGUAUAUCUCGAGGGACGUGUGGAAGCAGGCCAGGAGCCAUGCCUCUGCUGACAAGGGAAGCCUCGUCGUCGUGUCUGCGUGCCGGUGUCUCAAAGCUUUGGUGCAGCACACCACAUACUUUAACAACUCUACCGAUUUCGACAAGCUGGAGACGGCCAUGCUCAAGGCGGCCGAUUCGUCAUCCGCAAAGGUGCGCAACGCCGUGGCCAGCUGCUUCGCCGAGGCUCUGGUGCAGGGAUAUUCAGAGUCCAGCGCUGCGGAGGCUGCUGCAAAGAACAAAAAGUCCAAGACGAAGCUGAAGCGGGUUUCUACACAUCCGGGUAUUGCAGGAGAUGAAGACGAGAUCCCGUCCCGCUCGUCGAGCCCGGCUCCUGGUGCAAAGCGGAGUCAAGACCUGGCUUUGUCACUUCACGAUAUACUGAAGAUCUUGGCUGGCCAUUAUGUCAAGGCUGCAACGACGAACAGAUCUCGUACGGCGAUUGGAGUGUGUUACGGUAAACUUUUCCGCCGGCUCGGGGAGAGGACUGUGCAGACCAACUAUCUCAGCAUCGUGGAAAGUCUGUCUGUCGAUGUCCUCGGCCAUCCAACCAUUAACAACAACCGCUAUCGCCUGUUGAUAUCCCGGAAAAUCAUAGAUGCCAUCGUUCAGGACGUGAUCGGACGCAAGAUUCUGGGAGAAUCUGGCCAGACGUCGGCGGCGGAAUCCUUGAUUAGCGGCGUGCUGAAGAACUAUCCCCAGGCCUUACCCGAACGACCGGAGCCUCAGAAGCAUACUCUGAUCGUUGCUCUCAAUGCUGUCGCGUCGCUGAUCAAGUCGCUGGGAUCGGCCGCAAACAGCUUCGCCGAGUCGUGUCGAGAUGGGCUUUUGCAGGUCCUCCAGCACCCGAGCUAUUCGGUCCAGGUGUUUGCGUCGCAUUGCAUGAAGACAUUUGUCCUUGCAUGCCCGCAACAGCUGCUUCCCUGCCUCUCGGUCUGCAUGAACAGCCUCAGCCGAGAAUUGUCGCUGCUGGGAUCGGGCCGUAACUCUCCCAGACGCUGUAUCGGCUUCGCGCAUGGGUUGGCGGCCACUCUGAGUGCCAGCCCUUCCCGUCCUUUGCACGGCUCUCUCGACGUCAACAGCCGAGUCCUGACGAUGGCAACCAACUUGCUCAAAUCGAGCAGCCAGUCCGAACUCAGGGUCUCGAGCACGCAGAUCCAGGUGGCUUGGAUUCUUAUCGGUGGCCUCAUGUCCCUGGGUCCGAACUUUGUCAAGAUUCACCUGUCGCAACUGCUUUUACUCUGGAAAAACGCUCUGCCAAAGCCCUUGGCCAAGGAUAACACUUCGGCCAGAAGUCUUCUUGAAGCAUCCUUUCUCACCCACGUGAGAGAAUGCGCUCUGGGCUCAAUUCUGUCUUUUCUCCAAUUCAACAACCGGCUCCUCACGGUUGAUGUCUCCAAGCGUAUUGCGGCCAUGCUCCAGAGCACGACGGCCUUUUUGAAAACGCUGCCGUCCAAGAAGAUAACAGAGGACAUCUCGCAGAGACUGACUCCCGCUCUCCAGCUGCAGGACCUUGACAGAAUGGUACAGCGCAGAGUCUUGCAGUGCUAUAUCAAAUUAGUCAAUCUGAGCCCUGCAGGGGGCAGCGAAGCUCUAUUGCAGUCGAAUCUUCUGACUCUUGCGAUCUCGCUCUUUGCAGACCCCGAUAACUACACGCCCAACUCAUUGAGCGCGUCAAUAGCCAAUGCUGCCGGCACCUUUGAGUCGAUCUGGGAUGUUGGCGAUAACACGGGCUUUGGAAUAACGGGUCUCGUAUCUGGGUUCAAUGUCAAGCCGCUGCCCGGUCAGAACGAAAACGCCAUACAAGAAGAUGAGGUUCGAAAGAGCGAUUCAGAGGCUUUCAUUCACAGUCUACUGCAAUCGCCUGUCUGCGGCAGUCUUGAGCACGAUGCCUCGAUGCUGUACAUUGGCGGUAUAGAUGACGGCACGACAGAUCCUGACCCUCCAGCUACCGAGGUUAUCAACAACGCCAUACAGCUCUUUGCCUUUGCAUUUCCGUUGACCCCGGCCAAGGUACAGGAAAGUAUUCUGGAGCAGAUCAGGACUUUUGCCUCUGCAGGUUCUCUCCAGCGAGAUCCGGGUCGCAAGGCAGCCAUCAACGCCAACCUUGCAACAGCCGUCUUGUGCACAAUGAGAGUUGCCGUGAAAGAAACCAGUUCACCUUCCGGAGACGUCUCCAACAUCGCCGUUGAGCGGUUGUUGCAGGACAUUGUCCGAGACUUUGUUCUCGACCCCGACCAGUAUGUCCGCAGCCUCGGCUAUGCGGCCGUGGCAAGACUAUGCAAUGUGUACGGCAACGCUUUUACAAACCAGGAAAUCAAGUACCUUGUCGACACCAUUGUUGGAAAUCGGGAGCCCAGCGCCAGAGCGGGCUGCGCAAUGGCUUUGGGCGCAAUCCAGACCAAAGUGGGCGGAAUGGCGGCUGGCUAUCAUCUAAAGACUAUACUGGGCAUAUUGAUGUCUCUCUGCAACGACCCUCAUCCGGUGGUUCAUUAUUGGGCCCUUGAAGCGUUGUCACUGGCUUCAGAUGCUGCCGGGCUGAGCUUUGCCACCUACGUGCCGAGCACUCUGGGAAUGCUCGCUCAGCUCUACGUUUCCGAGACGCAUCACGCCGAGAUAUCUUCGGCCAUCACGAUGAACUUUGAGAUGGAGCUCUCGACCACAGCCGCCAUCGCACGAUGCGUCGACUCACUGAUCAACGUGCUCGGCCCUGACCUUCAAGAUGCCAACAAGUCGCGAGAGCUCAUCUUCACACUGGUUGGGCAGUUUCAGGAGGAGCAGGAUAUUUUUGUCGAAAGGGCCGCGCUAGGGUGCUUGGAGCACCUCUCUCUGUACGCGCCUGGACAGUUGCACUUUGGAGACUACGUCCGCCUGCUGCAAAAGUAUCUUUCAUCUGAACACGCAACCCUACGAGACGCAGCCGUUGACGGAUUGUAUAACAUUAUGAAACGAGAUCCUCGGGACGUUCUACGAGAAGCAGACAAGGGCUUCGAGGACCGGUUGUGGCUGGUGCUCGAUGCUGAUCCGUCCCACGACGGGAUUCGCAACAUCAUUCGAAACUGGCUGCAUCAAACAGCAUUAACCGAGACCUCCUCGUGGCUUCAACGCUUCCAGGCUGUUUUGAAGAUGACGAGAGCUAAGCCAGAAGAAGUGAAGGAUGCAAACAAGUCUACGACAGGCGGGCUGCCUGACUUACGAGACGAAGAAGCUGCAGGGUUCGCUGCCGCCUCGGCGGGAGCAAAGGAAGACAAGGCCGAUGCCGCGUCAGAAGCAGAGCCUCUGCGUUGGCAGGUCACGACUUUUGCCAUGAGCUGCAUCUACGACAUGUUUGCCAUCAUCGCCAAGGACGUGGCAGCAAACGGCGAGUCCAAGGCCCAGCUUGCCUUGCAGAAUAAGAUUGCGGAUGUUGUUCGCAUGGCCUUUUCGGCAUCGACAUCGGGCGUUUUGGAGCUGCGUAUCUGGGGCCUCAAAAUCAUUGGCGCGGUGCUCAAGAUGUUUGGCAAGACACCCGAUCCGGACUUUGAGGAAGCAAUGCUGCUGGAGCAGUACCAGGCCCAGAUUAGCUCUGCGCUGACGCCGGCGUUUGCGGCCGAUUCAUCCCCUGAAUUGGCCUCGGAGGCCGUCAAUGUCUGCGCAAGCUUCAUCUCAAUUGGCAUCGUUACCGAUGUCGAUCGGAUGGGACGUAUCCUAAAGACGCUCGUCAAUGCCCUGGAGAACUUUUCAAGCGACAACGAAAACGCGGGCAUUGGUGAUCUCAAGGGUCUCAGCUCCAAUGCCCAGGUCAUGGUCAAGAUCUCCGUCUUUUCGGCAUGGGCGGAGCUGCAAGUCGCCAGUUCCGAGCAGAAGUAUCUCCUGGACGUUCUGAAGCCGCAUAUCGGCAAGCUGACUCCUCUCUGGUUGGAGGCGCUCCGAGAAUUUGCGCGACUUCGGUUCGAGCCGGACAUCUCAAUGACCCUGGGACCGCCGUCGAUGUCGGGCAGCCUGGACACGAUUUACGCAGCCCUCAAUCGCGAGACGCUGCUUCGCUUCUACCAAGACGCAUGGCUCAAGCUGGUUGACGCGAUCGCGAGCCUGAUUGAGCAAGACAGCGAGUUUGUCUUUGAUGCCCUGGACGGCAAGGAGCUAAGCGAGACAUCUACCAAUGGCCAGACAAAGGUGCCGGGCAUCAACUACCGAGACGAGCCGGUGGCCUUCUUCUUCGUGCUCUUCGGCCUAGCGUUUGAGGCUCUGGCCACCCGACCUGGGCAAGACAACUCGCUGGCCACGCAGGAGCAGAUGCUGGCCAUCUUGCAAGCCCUCAAGAAGAUUCUGCACCCUAGUGUGACCGGUCACGCAAUCUACCGGCCAGACGUAUUCUCCGAGACAAUGGACCUCCUGGAUCGCCUUGUGCUGACGGAAGGUCUGGAUGUCCAGAGCGUGAUUGUCGAGGUCGCCAGGGACCUUUGCGUCACGCAUCCUUCUGCUCGAAGGCAGUCGGAUGACGACGGCGAUCUUUCCGAGGACAUUGACCAAUUGUUCGAGCUGACGCGAAUCAUUGUCCUGGUCCUGUCUGGCAUCUUGCCGGGCCUGUCCGAGGGCAAUGCGCCAGCACGACACCAGAUGAACGGGGAGGCCAUCAUGCUGAUCAGCACCGCCCUCAACGCCAUUGUCGACGCCGCCGAGGUGUUCCCCUCCAUCAUCAAGACGGACCUACAUGCGUGCAUCAUCCACAUCUUCGCUACGAUCCUCGCCACGCCCGGCUGCCAGGAACUCAUUGUGCCACAGUCGCUCGCCAUACUGAAGCGAUUCGUCGCCAGCAUGUCCAAGUCGAGGAGGGACUCGGCUGAGGGCCCAUCGGCCACCGACAUUCAGCUGCAAGGGUGCCUUCGGCGCUUCCUGUCCAUCUACCUCAACGCGCAGAAGCGGGAGACGCCGACGUCCCUGACGUCUGUCAAGAACAGCCUGCUUGCGACCACAAUCCUUCUUACAAGUGGCACUAAUCAGCUGCCUGCCACCGAACCCCUUGUCGCACGCUAUCUAGAUGAGGUCGUAGACUGCCUCACGGAUCGAAUGACGGCCAAGAUAGCAGCCAAUUGCAUCCGAUCGCUGCUGCUGCAAGGGGCGCCUUCUGCAGCAGAUGUCAGCAUCGCCCGCUAUCUCUUCCCACGGCUCUUGGCCUUUGUGACGAAUGUGGAGCCCGAGGAUCCUGAACGGGCUCGAUCACUCGUCUGUCAGACUCUGUGUUUGUACGUAAGGUCGGUCAAGCCUGAACGAGUGACGGCCGCCAUGUCGUUGAUCAUUCCGGCCCUCAUGGCCAGAGCGACGGCAGAGGGUGAAGAGGUUUACGCAGAGACAAGCACACGCCUCCUGGAGCUGGCCGCGGUGGAUCAGGGGGUGUUCAGAGCCAUUGUAGGGGGCCUGAGCAGUGGUCAGCGAGCGUUCCUCGAGGAAGUGAUCCGAUCGGGUCGGCCGGCAGCCGGCGCUGCAGACAAGUCGCUGUCCAACGAGACUUCGCAGCCAACCAUUACGCUGAAGAUGAAUUUUGGCGGCUAG